AAUAUAUAUAUAUACAUAUAUAUUACGUUUUAUUAUGUCUUAAAAUUUGUACUACACUAUCUUUUUGAUUUUUCUCUCUGAAUGUAAAGACAUUAACUUUUUUUAUGCUCUAUCUAAUAUAUCAAUUUUUCUAAAAUUAACAGUGUGUCAAAUUAUGUUUGAUUCUAAACUUACGCUAAACAAUCACAAAUCAAAUAAAAGUUGCAAGAGGAACGAAGCUUGAAUAUAAAUAACGAGUGCUAAUAUUACAGACUGCAGAUAUGACGGGCCUGGGCAUGGACUUCGAAGAUGAUUUCUUCUUCGAGGAGGAUAAAAUUUUGAUAAACGAUUCGACCUUGUCCACGAAUAGUAGCAGACUUCAAAAUUCGAGUGCAUCAGCUUUGGAUAAAGUUUCUAUUGCUCUUCCCACCGUACCAUCGGCUAGCAUCGUAUUGCCUCAACUAGCUAUGAUGGAAGAUCGCAUGGGUAUGACAAUUACAUCUGGAAAUGUCAUGAUACAGAAGGACGCCAGUAAUCUUAUUGGCAUAAGCAUCGGCGGUGGUGCGCCGCUUUGUCCGUGUUUGUACAUUGUACAAAUCUUUGACAAUACACCCGUCGCUUUAGACGGUACUCUUCAAGCAGGCGACGAGCUUGUGGCAGUGAACGGGGCGUCAGUGAGGGGCAAAACUAAAGUGGAAGUCGCAAAAAUGAUACAAUCCUGCGAUUCGCAGGUCAGCAUCAAUUACAAUAAAUUACACGCUGAUCCAAAACAAGGUCGCACGCUCGACAUCGCUCUCAAAAAAGUGAAACACAGACUGGUCGAAGGUAUGGGAAGUACUACGGCCGACGCGCUUGGAUUGUCACGAGCCAUUCUUUGCAACGAUGCUCUCGUCCAAAGAUUGAUGGCGUUGAAACGUACAGAAACUUUCUAUAGAGGUCUAGUUACGCACGCUAAAGCUACGUUACACGCUUUCUUCGAUCUGACACAGAUCUAUAAAGUAUUCGGAGACGCGUUCGCUGCUAUAGGAGUGCGAGAACCGCAACCACGCGCCAGCGAAGCUUUUAGACAAUUUGGCGAGCAGCACAGGCAAAUGGAGAAGUUUGGUGUGACUAUGUUGAAGACCUUGAAACCGAUACUGAGCGAUCUGGGAACGUACCUCAACAAGGCCAUACCAGACACACGAUUGACCAUCAGCAAAUAUGCCGAUGCGAAAUUUGAAUAUCUGUCCUAUUGUUUGAAGGUAAAGGAACUAGACGACGAGGAGCAGAGUUGUGCCGCUCUGCAAGAACCCCUAUAUCGCGUAGAAACGGGUAACUACGAGUAUCGGUUGGUGCUGCGGUGUCGGCAAGAAGCCCGUGCGAAGUUCGCGAAGCUGCGUUCGGACGUGUUAGUAAAACUCGAAUUGCUAGACAAUAAGCAUGUACAGGACGUCGUGUGGCAAUUGCACAAGUUCGCGGCUGGUCUGGCCAAGUAUUACGCUAGCGCGCGAGACUUACUGUCGGUAGUAACGUUAUUCCCGGUCGAGGUCGAUCUAUCGCAUUCCGCGUUUCAGUAUAAAUCCACCGGGCCGCAAACACUGACGGAUUCGAGCGAAGAUAUUGAAGAGUACGAACCAGAAGAGAAGCAGCACAAUAUAAACGAGGAACUUCUUAUCGAUACAUCGAGUUUCUCACCAGAACCUACCGAUAAUACAUAGCGAUAUUUAUUACUGAGUUUUUAAAGAAUUUUAUAAGUUGAAUAAGAUAAUUUUUAUAUCACAAUCGACAAUGUAUACAAAAGUUUGCAUGUUGCAUAAACGAUGUAUUCUUGUAUGCAUAUAUUCCUUAACAAUUGUGAUGAGUAUAGGAUACCUUAAUUUUUCGUUAUGUACUGCAAUGUUAUAAAUGCAACAAAUGCAUUUAAUAUUUCUGCAUUGUUAUUUGUUAUAUACAGUAGGAUAGAAUACAAUUAUUUUUAAUCAUAUAAUUUGCAAAUGUAAAGUAUGUUUUUAACAGUUUCAUUAUCUUUAUAUUUUCUAAGAUAUAUUAAAGCAAAUGAUUCGUUACUACAGAUCUUGUCUUCUAAAUCAAAUUGAAGUAAUAUUUAUUACAAAUACAAAAUGAUGUUAAUUAUAUCUUUUAAUUAUAUAGAUAUUUAUAAUAUAAUAAUAUAUAAUACAAUUUGUAAAAUAAGCUAUAUAAUAUAUAAUAUAAAAUAUA